UGUCAGAGGCCAUUACUGUGCUGAAGAGACAAAAAAUACAGAAAGAAAGAAACCUUGGCAGGGAAUCUCUAGGCAGGACAGCGAUUUCUCUCUGAAAUUCCCUGUGUCUGCAAUGCCAUUAACACUGACUUCGCUUGGGUCACACUUGCUUUAUUGUUUUCCAGUACAGUAAGUGGUGCAUGCAAACUGGUUAAAGGGCCCACUGCCCGCUAGUGAACUUCGGCCUCGUUCUUUCUUUUUUGUAGAUAAGCAUGUCCUUCUUCUGCUGUUGCCACUCUCUCUCAGCUACUCCAGGAGAGAGGGAAGCUCUUACUGCACACUAUCCAAAACGACCCUGUCAAGACAUUGGCAGUGAUGUCUUCAGUAAGGAAGGGACCCUCACUAUGAAACUGGUCAAUGUGCAACAGAUUGACACACUCUUUUCAGAUAUCGCUGAAACUUUCAACAAGCAGCACGGGGAUCACUGGGCCAUGAAGGAAGCCAUCCAAAGGCUGAAAGAAGUCUCUGGCUGUGCUCCCACUAAUAGUCUUGCAGCCUGCAUAGAAAAUAUAAAGCAGGAGCACGGUGCCUGCAAUGUACAGGUGCACAUGGAGGGCUAUAGGUUUUCCCUCGUUGCAGAGGAAAAAGAAGUGCCUGAAAAAUUGGAGCAGGCCCAACGGCAGGUGGGGGAGCUGAAUCAUGCCACGAAGUGUGUCCUUGCUACGGAAAUGAAGCUCCAGGAAAUGGUCCACUUUGUGCUUCAGCGUCAGAGUCAUCUGGAGGAGACUGUGAAAGCUGCAAACCCAGAGUACCUGGACCAAGUACGUCUAGAAGUUAAUCUGAGAGAGAACUUCCAGAAAAUCACAUACCUGAACGGAAUCAGAGCGAAAUCUGACCACAGAGAACUGGCAUCUGUCAUCAAAAUAUACCUCCAGAGAGCUCGUGUUUGUUUUUCUUACUGUACAUAUGUGGUCUGCAGCAUUGUGGCUUUCUAUUUAGAUCUUUCACAUAUGGUCAAUGAAGUAAAAGAAAUACAAGUAAAUGCCAGUUGA